GACCCUUUCCCUUCCUCUUUGCUGCCCUCGCACUCUGGCCCCCGCCCAGUCCACCGCCAUACCUCGUGCGAAGCAGAGGUGAUCGACGGCUGUCGAGAGGCGAACUUGUGGGACGGGUCCCUUGAUCGUCUAUUUAUUUCCGAUCGCAACCGCCGCCAAGAAUCGAAGCCCAUCGCGGGCGUUUGCGGAUAGAUCAGCAAAGUCCUGUGUAUCCCACCUCGGUAGCCAGGCUUGCCAGGCAAGCAGCGGCGACGACACGACGCACCAAUACCACUGGGGGUUAAUGCCAUUUCCCCUCGGGUUGUCGUUGCUCCAUGUCAGCGCUCGGGUAUGCUCACGGGAACGAAUUCCUGAACUGGAGAGGGAUCUUGGUGUCCGAUCCACAAGCCGUGUGAGCUCGACCUGGAAGUCUCUGAAUGUAAGGGUCAGCCAUGGCAGACGCCCCAUCGUACAGAGACCGCCGAUUACCUAGCGGCAGGGCUACUCGAUGUGCUACCAGUUGCUGGAAAUAGGCGGUUAAGGUAGGCAUGAUAUUAGCCGCGAUGCCGGGCUGCAUCUGGCCCACGACUAAUGUCGACGCGGCAAAACUACCUCCUGCGACGCGCGUCCCGCUGGCCAGCAGACUUCCAGGGUACUAAGGUACUACCUACCACUGUAAGCGGCCAUCCGGGAGAGCCCUGUACGCUGUCGCGGCACAGGCCACCGGCAGCCAAGCCCGCGCCGAGCCUUUGUCAACCAGGUUGGUUAUGCUCCAACCUGACCUCUCUUCACCUUUACCAUCGCUCAGUACACGCACUCCCGACACGCGGUUUGACGGGCUUCAACCGCAUCGUCCGCGCGCCCGAUCUACCAUGGAAUCUGACAAUAGUUGUCUGACCGACCCGUUUGGCUCCAUCCCACGACAUGGAUUUACCGAUUGCGUGAUGCCGACCUCGGGCGCGCGCCCCCGCCAGCAGGCGUCCCAAAACGGCAAUUAUAAAGGCCCGCCGGGGCUUCACCUUCUUGUCUCGUCCUCCCUGACCUGACCUGACCUGGUGAAGCCCGUCUUUCUCCCAUCCUUUCACCCUCAGCCAAGGAGAAUCAUGUCUCUUCCCAACGAGAAUGAGGCAUCGGCGCCACCGUCUCCGCCACCGCAGCAAAAUCAGCCCCCUUCUGCCGGCGACAAGAAGAUGGCGCCUGAGCUGCUGAUUAGCGAGGAGCACAUCCAUCACCAGCAGCAUCAUCAUCAUCUUGCCUCCGACGAAAAUGACAUCGCGCCCACGCGUCAGAAGUGGUACCAGUGGUUCUCGCCCAGCGACACGCCCGAGGAGCGCCGCCUCAUCCUCAAGCUCGACGCCCUCAUCUUGGUCUUCGUAUUCCUCGCCUACUGGGCCAAGGUCCUCGACCAGUCCGCCGCCGCGACUGCCUACGUCAGCGGCAUGCGCGAGUCCCUCGGCCUCUAUGGCAACGAGCUCAACUACCUCAAUACGUCGUACAUGGUCGGCUUCGUCGCCCUCCAGAUUCCCCUUACACUCCUGGUACGGUGAUUUAUAAUAUACACUCUCAUCAUGGAGAGAUAAAAAAAAAGGCAGAGGGGAGAAGAAGAGAGCUAAAACCUUCGGAUUGCUAGAUGACGCGCUUCUCCGCGAGCUACUUCCUCCCCGGCGCCGAUCUCGUCUGGGCCGCCCUCACACUCGCCCAGUACAAGGCAACCUCGGCCUGGCAGCUUUACAUCCUGCGCUUCCUCGUCGGCGCCGCGGGCAGCCUCUUCUUCCCCGGCGUGCAGUGGUAUCUCGGCUGCUGGUAUAAGCGCUCCGAGCUGAGCCGCCGCUCCGCCCUCUUCUUCGUCGCCAGCCAGGUCGGCGGCAUGAGCGCCGGCUACAUUCAGACGGGCGCCCACGCCGGGCUCAACAUGCUCCACGGCAUCGAGGGCUGGCGCUGGCUGUACAUAAUCUGCUUCUCGUGCACCUUUCCCGUGGCCAUCCUCGGCUUCGUCACGCUCCCCGGGCAGCCCGAAACGCCGCGGACCCUGUUCCUCUCGCAGCGUGAGGUCCAGCUCGCGCGCGACCGCAUGGCCGCCGAGCACCGCGAGCCCCGCAAGCCGCUCACCAUCCCCGUCGUCCGCUCCGUCCUCUCCGGCUGGCACUUCUGGGUCCUUGUCGCCUUCGCCUUCUUCUUCUCUCAGGCCGACGGCGUGUCCUCUAAUAGCGGCCUGCCGCUGUGGCUCAAGGAACAGGGCUACGGCGUCGAGGCCAUCAACACCAUCACCACCGUCUCCCCCGCCGUCACCAUUGUCGCGUCUCUCAUAUGCGGCGUCCUGUCCGACGCGUACGACGCCAAGGUGCCGCUCAUCGCCGUGACGGCCGGGCUCAACAUUUUUGCCAGCAUCGUGCUCGCCAUCUGGCACGUCCCCACCGGCCUCAAAUUCUUCGCCUUCUUCCUCGCCGGCUCGGCGGACGGCAUCGCCGGCGUCAUCUACGCCUGGGCCAACGAGAUUUGCGCGGGCAACGCCGAGGAGCGCGCCAUCGUCAUCAGUAGCAUGAACACUAUUGGCAAUGUCUUUGGGGCCUGGAUUCCCCUUUUAGCAUGGAAGACAGUAGACGCGCCACGCUACCUCAUUGGAUAUAACUGGACAAUUGCUCUUGAUGUAUGUAUGAUUGGUAUGCUCUUCGUUUUGCGAUCUUUCUGGAACAAGGAGAAGAAGCAAAGCUCUCGAUUGGCAGUAGCCAGCACGAGUCCGUAGAAAGAGCACUUCGUACAGGAGACUUUGAAUUCAAUCCACACUAUUAGGGUCCGUUUA